GUUUAGUAGUGAAAGAUCCAGUGGGUGGGAUUCGGAAAGUUGGUGCAAGGGUGAUUUGAGGAGAUAUGGAGCAAUGCACAAGCAGGAAAUGAGUGCAAGGACAUGGUGCAUGGACAGGAGAGUAGUUUCUGGUCUGUUCCUGUCUUGGAACGAAGGUACCAGGAACUAGGGGGAGCUUUGCUGGUGGUGAUAGGUUCCCACUUUGCCAUUUCCAGGUUUCCGUGCAAUGUCUCGCUGCUUUUCAUUUCCUCCUCCAGGAUAUGAAAAGAAGGCAAGACCUGAUGAUGCAAAUUUGCUAACCAAGGAGAAGCACAAGGAGAACAAGCACAAGAAGGAUAAGAAGGACAAAGAAAAGAAAGAAGGUAAAGAAAAAAAAGACAAAGAGAGGAGUGAAGAAAAACAUAGAGAAAAGAAAGACCGAAAGGACAAGCACAAACACAAGAAGGACAAGGAUAGGGAUAAAGAGAAGAAAAAGACCUCGGAUGAGAAGAAAAUUGUAGGGCAAUCAAAUUGUCACAAUGGCAAUAAGCUUGAUCCAAACCACAAGCAGAAAGAUGGGGAUACAGAUUCCAAAUUUUUGCUGGAUUUGGGCAACAGAAUCAGAAAUGAUGAUGGAGCAAUGGAAAGCAGAACAGUUCAGAAAACUACUCCAAUUCAAAGAAGUGCUGAAUUGCCUAGAAAGAUGGUUGAGAGCAACAUUGGCAAGUUGGAUGAAGGAAAUGAUAAGUUUAAAGAGAAGAGAGAAGACAACAGAAAGAUUGGUGUGCCAGGUAACAAAUUUCAGGCAAGGGGUAUCGAAAAUGGUUUUGUUCAGAGUGUCAACGAGGGGGAACAGAGGAAGGUUGAAGGAGUGGCUAGACUGGUGGGAAAGAAUCUUGAGAUGCAAAUGGAGGGAAAAGAAAAGAGUAAGCCUAAAAAUAUUGAUAGUAGAGGAGAUAGAAACAAGGAUAAAGACCGAGAGAAGAAAAGCAAAUCAAAGGAUAAAAAAAGGAAAAAAGAGAAGAAAAAGGAGGAGGACCCAAAUAAAGAGCAGCUAAAACUAAGAGAAAGCGGCAAUAAUGAUGUAGGUGUUCAUAGUGUUAAGCCAUCAUUUCUUUCAAAGGAGAGCAAUAAGAGUACUGUUAGCAAUGGAAAUCUUGGCAAGCGGAAGGAGCUUGAAAUGAAUGGAUUUUUACAUGACAAUGACACACGGCCAAACAAGUUGGCGAAACAUGUCACUUCCUCUCACCAAAUUGUGGAGCAUGGAAGGAAAUUGGAACCUUGCCAAACUGUGUUCCCGUUUCAAUCUGAUAAGAAGGGGACUGUGACAGCCAAUAACCAAAAGGUGAAUGACAAGGUUUCAGCCUAUCAGCCCCUCUUGGAAAAUGAAAGGAAAUUAGGACGGAGCCAGACUGCUGUCCAGUUUGCAUCCAAGGGGCAGGGAACAGUCGAUAACCAUAAGGUGAAUGACAAGGUUUCGUCUCAUCAGCCGCUUGUGGAAAGUGAAAGGAAAUCUCAGCUGAGCAAAACUGCUAUUCAGUUUCCAUCCAAGGGGCUGGGAACAGUCAAUGACCAGAGAGUGUUUAACAAGGUGUCAUCCUUUCAGGCUGUUGUGGAAAAUGGAGGAAAAUUAGAACCAGGUCAAGCUGCUCUUCAGGCUUCGUCUGACAAGCAAGGGGGUGUUUCUAACAGUAAGGGGGCUAAAAGAGAAUCCAGGAUUAAUGGUUUGACGGAAGCUCAACAACCAACUGUUUCCUCGGCAAGGCCUACAUCUGCUCCUUUAAAAGUUAAACAGAGGGCUGAGGCAUCUUUGAAACCUCCACAUCCAGAUUCCAAGUAUCUGAGCCAAAUAAUUCAUGUUCCGAAGAUUGAGUGGUCCGACUUUGAUGACCAGGAGUGGCUAUUCAACAGCAAAAAUCUCCAGUCAAAGAAGCCCAAAUUGGGUUCUUCUGUGGUUGAGGGAACAAAGCAGGUCUGGGCAGAAGCUCUACCGAUAGAAUCUGCUGAUGUUACUGCCUUGCCAUAUGUCAUUCCUUACUAGUUGGCAUCAUUCUUUACAAGUUGGCAUUGGAUGAAUUUGAUUUUUGCUUACAUCAACCUCAACUUGGCAUCGUUUUUUCUGUCGAGGAAGGUACCAGGACGGCCUUGGAGCUGGCGCUCCAUCCUGUAUUUUCUUUCUAGAUUGCUCCGAGAUGGGUUCUCUGGGGAAUUAAUUGAACUGAUCUUUGCUGCCAUAUCGGAUUUUGCAGUCCUGGAAAUGUUCUACAAGAGUUAAAAGUCUCUUGCACCCUAUGUAGAACGUUCAUUACAUGUUCCCUUUGCAAGUGCAUCAUCAAAGGACUUGGUUUCGAGAUGGGUUUUGCCUCUUUGGCGAGGCAAACCAGACCCACUACAUAGCACAUGGCUGGGCGAGUCGUCCAGACAUCAUAUGUAAGCAUCCUUCAGAGAAUCGUGAUACAGAGACAGGCAGACAGCCGAGAUAGUGAGAGAGAGAGAGAGAGGGAUUAUUUGUUAUUAGGAUGUGGAGAUGUUUCAGUAUAUUUAGUUUACAUAGUUACUUUGGACUUGGUUGAACUGAUACACAAUUUUGAUAUAUGUGACAUGAAAAUCAUCUGUGCUGAAUGUAUUGUAUUAUAGAGUGAAUAGAAAAGAGGC